AUGUCGAAUGUCAAAGAGGACUUUGUGAUUCCGUUUACUGGUGCAUUGCAGGCUUCGCUUGCGGUGUUGCUCACUAUAUUUUAUGGUGUCAUUGCUGCUCAAUUCGAUCUGUUGAAUGAGAAGUCGGCAAAGGAUAUUUCGAAAGCUUGUGUCAGGUUGUUUUUGCCUGCAUUGUUGAUUGUCAAUGUUGGACAGCAGUUGAACCUCGAAUCCGGAACGAGAUAUCUGGCCGUGUUGAUCUGGGCUAUCAUCUACAAUGUGCUUAGCAUGGUAUUCGGUCUUGCUGUGACUAAAUUCAUGGGACUUCCUCAAUGGGUCACGCCAGCUCUCGCGUUCAAUAACACCACAUCGUUACCUCUGCUCCUCGUCCAAUCCUUGCAGUCGACCGGCAUCCUCGACUCUCUUGAUGCAUCCAGCGAUGCCAUUGACCGGGCAAAGUCAUACUUCCUCGUCAAUGCCAUGGUCUCCAACUCCUUGACCUUUGCCCUCGGACCCAGACUACUCAAUGGACAAGAAGAAGACUCUCCAGAUGAAGAACCGAAAAGAGAAGACCAAGACGAAGAAGCAGCAGAACGCAACUCCAUCCACGAACACCAACAAGAAAACGAAGAAACCUCUUUGCUGCCCAAUCGCGCCGUCCGUCCUGGAGUAAAAGCAAUCUAUCUCACCCACAAACGUCUGAGUAACUUUUACUCCUCACUCUCUCCUCGCACCCAGGCGGUCCUCGAUUUCCUUUGGCAGUUCUUCAAUCCUCCCCUCAUUGGCGCAGUGAUUGGUGGUAUCGUCGGCCUAGUCCCAGCUCUCCACACCCUCUUCUUCAGCUCCCCAAACAAAGGCGGCUACCUGAACGCCUGGCUCACCGCAUCCAUAAAAAACAUCGGCGACCUCUUCGCCUCGCUCCAAGUCGUCGUCGUAGGCGUAAAGCUCUCUCAAGCAAUGCUCCGCUACAAGAAAGGAGAACAAUCUGGCUCUGUACCCUGGAAACCUUUCACCAUCAUUACAGUUGUCAGAUUCGUCAUCUGGCCACUUAUCAGCAUCCCAUUGAUUUGGAUCUUGGCCAGUAAGACAAGUGUUUUGAGUGAUGAUCCGAUAUUGUGGUUUGCAAUGAUGUUGAUGCCGACGGGGCCGCCUGCUAUGAAGUUGACUGCGCUUGCUGAUGUUAGUGGGGCCGGUGAUGAGGAAAAGAUGAGUAUUGCAAAGUUCUUGACCAUCUCCUAUGCUAUUUCUCCGUUGAUUUGCUUUUCGGUGGUGGGUGCUUUGAAGGCUUCUCAGGCUAUUGCUAGUAGCUAG